CGAUUCUUUUCUUGUCAGGGAAACUGGUGUGCUAUAGCUUUUAAGAACAAGGUCCACCACAACGUGUAGUCCAUACUAUUUGUUUUGUGUUUUUGGAAUUGGGUAUAUACUGAUUGCCUGAAGAUGAAUUUUCUAAUGCAGGUUAUCUUCCUAGCGUUAGAUGUCCACGUUAAGAACGUUGUGUGUGCGUAUUCACUUGAACACAAAAGCAUCGAUGACUUAUUCGACUCUGUCUCCCGUUGCUUGAAAGUGCUGACGGAGGAAAAGAGUUGUGAUUCUGAGCCAAUUCAAGAACUGGUCACUUGCAUCACCACAAUUCACUCCUCCAUAUGCCAGCAUAUGCUUAAAGAAGAAAAACAGGUGAUACUUUAACUACAGCUCACAACUACUUUUGUAGGUUAGUUUUACUUGCUAAACUACUGUCUUAGUGUCUUGUUAUUGGAUUGAUCCCAUUCUGUUGAUCUGGGUACAUAUUGCGAGGCUUUUAUCAAGUUUUGUUGUGUGUGUGUGGAUAUAUGUGUCAUCACUUCUCUUUUAGUUCUACAUCUGUCCAAAACUAGAAAGAACUAUGCUACACUAAGUACAGCCUUACAACCCUUGAUGAAUGUUACCCUCAAACUUUCUUACUAACUUCACAGGUGACAGGUGUAGUGGUUUAAAUCACUGGACAGGUACAUAUUCAUCAGGGAAAUUUGAAUGACGUCACGACUAGCUCUUUCUAUGUUGUAACUUCCGGCUGCACCCCAAAUGACCAGCUGAUGUCUGGAUUUCUUUGGUGUUCAGAACUUUGUGUGGUUUCAUUUUCACUCUUUCUUAUUUUGAUGACACUUUGAAGAAUGGAACCGUCAAUAGUUAUAUGAGUUGCAAUAAGUAUGAUCCCUGGAAAUUCCGGAUAAGGGCCUCGUUGACGAAUGCUACACAUGGAAUUUCUAAGUAUUUUACACUUCAGACUUAUACUCUCUUUGUUAGAUUGUGACAAGGUAAUUUAUGUGUGGUUGCAGAUGUUUCCUUUGCUUGUGGAACGGUUCUCUCCUGUAGAACAGGCUUCACUUGUGUGGCAAUUCCUUUGCAGUAUUCCUGUAAUUUUACUGGAGGAUUUGCUGCCGUGGAUGAUCUCUCUUUCUCCUGAAAACCACAUUGAUGUUGCUCUGUGCAUUAAAGAAAUUGUACCUGAGGGAUCACUCCAAGAGGUAGUGAUUUCUUGGCUCCGGAUACACGAUCAAUUCCCUUGGGAUUCGACCAAGCCAGCCAGGAGAGGCGAUGAUGGAUUUACGUAUGUUAAACAUAUGCCACAGCUGAUCUUCUCUGCUGGAUGUUUGCAAGAAAAUUGGCAAUGGAAGACCACAUAUUCUGUCCCUGACAAAAUAGAGCACAGUGUUACUGAUUGUUUCCGUCUCUGGCAUGGUGUGAUUAUGAAGUCACUAAAAGAAAUUCUUGAAGAAAUAUACCAAACGAGAUUGGGAAGUUUAUUAGAAACAGACCCAAUUGUCGUGAGGCUGAAAUUCCUUGCCGAUGUAGUUACCUUCUACAGCAAUGCGCUGAAGAAGUUCUUCGAUCCCAUGUUAAAUAGACUGGCCAGUGACCACUUCAGUGGCUUAUAUGGUGACCAAUUCCCUGCUGGAAGUCACUUGGAGAGAAUACAGCAGUUGCUCCAUUUCAAUACUCAGAAGAUUUUGGCUGGACAUGAGUUUGUGGAGAAGCUUUGCCAGGAAAUGGAGUCCUUUGCCGUUGAAGUCAGCAAACAAUUUAACUUUCUAGAAGAAAAGGUAUUCCCCCUUAUAGUCCAGAACUGUGACCCAGAAAUGCAGCUGCAGCUCUUUCUGUACAUGAGCUUUGGUAUGAUGCCUCUAGGCUUACUAAAGUUUGUAAUCACUUGGUUUGCAGCCUGUCUGUCCAAACAUGAGUUGGGCCCUAUUCUCCAAGGCUUGAAACAAGGUGACAAUUUGGCCAAUAAAUCCUUUCUGUCCCUCUUGCAUGAGUGGUUGCUCAUUGGUUAUUCUGGUAAAUUCUCAAUUGAGGAUUUUAGAAAGGACUUGCAGAGAAUGUUUGAGUCUAGAUGUUCAUUUGCACCUGAAAGAUCAAAGGAAGAUGUUAGGUGCUCUUUCUUGCCCUUAGACUUGCAACCUUGUGAAGCAUCUGACCAUGAUAAAACAGAGUCGAUUUCUCUUUAUGAGAACAAAAUCUUCUCUUCGUAUUCCUUAUCUUCUGGUUUUAACCAAGCCAAGACUUGCGGAGCAAGUUAUUCUAGAGAGAUCAACCUACAUGUAUUUUUCCCUCAAACAGCAAGGUUAACAAAACCUUUUCCAAGAUUACCUGGUGAGGAGAGUUCCAGAGCUUCCAGCAUGGAUGAGGCAAUGCCUUUGGACUUUUUUCUUUUGUUCCACAAGCCAUUGAAGAAAGACAUGGAAAAGCUUGUCCUUUAUUCUGCUCAAUUGGCUGGAAACUUUGGACUCCUAACAGAAUUCUGCCAGCACUUCAACCUCUUGCAGAACAGAUAUAAGUUCCAUAGUGAUGCUGAGGAUGAAUGGAUCUUUCCAAUGCUCGAGGCAAAGGGAAAAUCUAAAAAUAUUAGUCACUCCUACACCAUUGAUCACAAGCUGGAAGUUGAAAACUUUCAAAGAGUUUCCAUCAUAUUAGAAGAGAUCUCUGGCUUGCAGAUGACAGUUUCUGUUAUCAACACUCACAAGCAGGAUCGGAGAAUAAUGAGGCGGAAUCAACUGUGUCUGAAACUCCAGCGUAGGUGCAAGUCUAUUAAAAAAUUACUGUCUGAUCAUGUUCAUCAUGAAGAAAUUGAAAUAUGGCCAGUUAUUAAGGAAUGUUUGACAAUCAAAGAGCAAGAAAUCAUUAUAGCAAGUAUGCUGGGAAGAACUAGAGCCGAAACGUUGCAAGACAUGAUACCAUGGCUGGUCAACUCUCUAAAACCAGAAGAGCAACUAAUGGUGAUGUCCUUGUUGCGUAAGGUCACAAAGGACACAAACUUCAAUGAUUGGUUAGGAGAAUGGUGGGAAGUAUGUGAUAAAGCUCCGAAUUCAGAGGAGCUGAGUGUUUCAUGUGAUGCAAACCCACUGGAGAUUAUCUCCAGCUAUUUGUCCUCAGAAGCUCCUGACAAAGAAGGUGGCAUUCUCAGCAACAGAGGCAUCAAUUUGCCUCGGACAGAUUGCAGUGGUGCUAAAACGGUGGUGGAUAGUGAUUUCAAAGACGGCACAAAGGUUGCUAAUGCAAAAGUAGUGGAAAAUGAAUGUUCAGACUGCAUAAAGGCUCUCAGUACUGGUGACAAGAAGGGCUACGGCGAAGUAGCUGAUGUCCCCGAUGAGAAGGAAAGCAGAGCUCGACCUCUCCAAGAAAAUUCGAAAUCCAGGCAUCAUGGGUGCCUUCCGUCAAUUGAUCAAGAAGAUUUAGAGUCUGCAGUCAGAAGAAUUUAUCGUGACUCAUCCCUAGAUCCCGAGAAGAAAUCUCGCAUGAGCCAGAACCUGUUGAUGAGUCGUUGGCUUAUUCAGCAACAGAUAGAUAAUGCAAAUGAAGUUCCCUCAACUAACGGGAAAAUGCUUCGAGGUCAGUAUCCAUCCUACAGAGAUCCGCUAAAGUUAACCUUUGGUUGUGAACACUAUAAGAGGAAUUGUAAACUAUUUACCGAGUGUUGCAAUCAACUGUACCCAUGCCUACGUUGCCAUGAUGAGUUAGCUGAUCAUUCUGCAGACAGACGGGCUAUUCAGAAAAUGAUGUGCAUGGUGUGCUUGACUGUCCAACCUAUACAGCAGACUUGCACAUCUGUCAUCUGCAACAAUUUGUCUAUGGGAAAAUACUAUUGCCAGAUUUGCAAAUUGUUUGAUGAUGAAAGGUAUGCAGUUUGGCCUACUCACUGAAACUGGCUUCUGAAUUUGAGUAUCUGGAAAAUUUGGUGAAUUAUUGCAGCAUAAUGUGCUCAAGUAUCCCUCACAUAGGUAACUGGUUUAAUUUUGGGAAAAUACUGGAGAGCUAUAUACUGCAAUGUGCUCCUAUAAUGCCAUUUCUUGUGACAUUGAGUGUAGCUCACCUUUACUUAGGUUCUGUAUCAGACCUUAGUGAGGGAAAAUGAAAAGUGUGGCAUGAGAACUGUAUAGUUGCAAUGAUAUAUAUGGAUUUAGAUAUGUCGAAUCUUACAUGUAGAAUUUGUUCAACAGGGAAAUCUACCACUGCCCAUUCUGUAACCUCUGCCGUGUAGGAAAGGGUUUAGGGAUUGACUACUUCCAUUGCAUGAGGUGUAACGUCUGCAUGUCCAAAUCUUUGUCGAACCAUGCUUGCAAAGAGAAAUGGUUUGAGGAUAAUUGCCCCAUUUGCCACGAGGACAUCUUUACAUCUAGCACGCCAGUAAAAGCUCUUCCUUGUGGCCAUCUUAUGCACUCCCCUUGCUUUCAGGUGCUUCAGAGUUACUUCCUUAAAACCAUUCAAAUUGAUCCCGUUAACAUACUUUUGGAAUCCUACUGAUGCUUCUUAACCUGAUUUUAGGACUACACUUGUAAUCAAUAUAUAUGCCCAAUAUGUAGCAAGUCACUUGGUGACAUGAAGGUUAGUAAAGUUUCUCUUCAUUUCCUUCUUCUAAAGCAUUUCAGCCAUAUAGGAGAUUGAAGUAUUAGGUCGUGAUUGGCAUGCUUGUUCAAACACCAUUUUCGGACCAAACUUUGGCCCCUGGCCAUGCUUAAACUUUUAGCUUAUGUCUUGUAGACUAGGAUCCUUUGUAUCAAAACCAAAGUCUUAACAUAAUAGGAUUGUUAGGAUGAAGGAAUGUUAGUACUAAACCUAUUACUAGUGGUACUAAUACUAUAUCAAUGACUGCAACACACAUCUGCUAGAUAUGCCUGCAGUAAACUCAAUAACUUUGACACAAUAAAUGUCCUUGCAACAGCCAAUUUGUCAGAUGCUAGGGAUCGGUUUUAAGUCCAUACUGAUACAAACUUUACAAGGAAAUCACAGGCUCAUAUUGUGGAAAUAUCCUGUUCACUGUAGUACAAUUUAGUCGACACAUUGAUCUAUGUAUCCUGAUUGUCCAAUAAAAGAUCCUAUCUUCCUGCGAGUUUUCUCACAGUGCAAUUUCUAAGGACUAGUUAAACUUGGACUGUCAGAAAUUCAGGCUCAUCCCUCAUCUGGUUCUGUCUUCAUCUGGUUGCUUUUAUUAUUGCUUUCUAAAAUAACUUGGUUUGUCCUGUCGCAUAUUUCAUUCCCGAUAGCUUCCUUUCCUUUUCAUUUGUUUUCUCUUUUGUUUAUCGUCUCAUUCAAAGGUUGCUCUUGAAAAUCCUUUAAGAUGGUGAAAGUAUUUCUCAGGUGUACUUUAAGAUGCUGGAUGCCCUUUUGGCUGAAGAGAGAAUGCCAGAGGAAUAUGCAAGCCGAACUCAGGUUUAUAAAGAUCAUCUUGUCCUGCACUUGUUCGCAUACCCUCUUUGCUGGCUGUUCCCUGUUGUUUAUGCUGAUCAUCAAUCAUUUGCAGGCCAUCCUUUGCAAUGAUUGUGAGAAGAAAGGAGCUGCACGCUUCCACUGGCUUCAUCACAAAUGCCCGAAUUGUGGGUCAUACAACACCCGGCUCCUGUAAUGCCUGCUCUGUCGUGCGAGUGACCAUCAUCUUUUCAUCUCAGAGGUGCUGCGAUUUAAACACAGAGGUCUGACCUUGCACAUAAUUCUCGUUUGUCUGCCACUUGAUCUUGACAAAAUAACAAGAAUGCACAAAGCCGAUAGCUUCCUGUGUAAAAAAAAAAAAAGUGCUAAGGUUUUGCUGUUAGAUGCAUUGUAAUAAGUGUGCUUGUUAGAUUCAAUUCCCAUUAUUAGUCUUCCCAUGUGGGUAUGGCUAUACUCUUCCACUUUUCUAUUGUACACUAUCCAUCAUGAUAGAAAUGGAACGACAUUUUGACUGUCUAUUUUCCAGACAUAAGACUCACUUUGCUUUUCAUCCCGAUUCAAGUAUUUAACCAUCAGUAAAUUAGUCUGCAUGCUUUAUAGAUGCUGAUGCUGAACCUUAGCUAGUAUUUUUGAAAUACGAAUGUUGAAAGGACAACCAUUUGUCGAAGGUCACACAAUUAUAAUCAGCCAGAAUGCUUCAGGUGGCCUCGACUGAAAGUCACAACUCACAACUGGCUUUAUUUGUAACAGCCUUUUGAUACUUCUCUAGCGCCGUUGUUGCAUGAUGCAAGUUUUUUGUGGUAUUCGAUUCAAGUCUGCUAGGCUUGUGCAUUAUGUGAUGAACUAGAUAGAGUCCAAACACAUUCGAGUUUAGGAAAUCAUUCUGCAUCCUAGUACGUACUUGGAAGAGUUGUAUCCAGUAUAAAAUCUGCAGUUCGCA